UUAGAGACCGCAGCAAGCAAUAGAAACAAGGGUUUCAUCGACCUGCUUCCUUUCUAGCGAAGAGAGAAGCGAAAGACCCUCUGAAACUAUCACCUCCGCUCUCUGCCACUGGGUUUCGUUUGCUUUAAAAUCCUGCCAUCUGUAAAAAUGUUCAAGAACACGUUCCAGUCUGGUUUCUUAUCGAUUUUGUACAGCCUUGGGAGCAAGCCUUUGCAGAUAUGGGAUAAAGAAGUUGUGAACGGGCAGAUUAAACGAUUGCAGGAUGAAGAUAUACAAUCUAAUGUCCUCGAGAUUGUUGGAUCAAAUGCUCAGUCAACAUACAUUACAAGCCCAGCAGACCCAGCUGCAACCCUUGGUAUAAAGCUACCGUUCUUGGUUAUCAUUGUGAAAAAUCUAAAGAAAUACUUUACAUUUGAGAUCCAGGUGCUGGAUGAUAAGAAUGUCAGGCGACGUUUCCGAGCUUCUAAUUUUCAAGCUGUGACACGGGUGAAACCAUAUAUAUGCACCAUGCCCUUGAAGAUGGAUGAAGGAUGGAAUCAAAUCCAGCUUAAUCUUGCUGAUUAUACCAGACGAGCUUAUGGGACAAACUAUGUAGAGACCUUGCGAGUUCAAGUCCAUGCAAACUGUCGACUGAGAAGGAUAUAUUUCUCUGAUCGCCUUUAUUCAGAGGAGGAACUCCCACCAGAAUUCAAAUUGUACCUGCCAAUGCAGGUAAGAUGAACCUCAUUAGAUAUGCAAACUAGCAUAGUGUUGGGUUUUUUAACUUUAUUAUUGGCUUUGAAAUUUUUAUCUUUCUUGUAAUGCUUUGAUUGCAGAAGGCAUGACUGUUAUGUGGAAAAUUUCUGCAAACCAUUAGAGUUGGAGUAGUUGGUCACUCUGUGGGAUUGUAGAAGGUUUAUGAGUUGUUUGUAAUUUUGAAGUUUACCUAGUAUUGAGAUAUGUUUAGAAGGGUCUUGGUUAAUCUGGUAUUUAACUGUAGUUAUGCAGCCAGCUACAAAGGGAGAUACUGUUGGACUUUGCUAUGACUGUAAGCUCAUUUAAACUAUCCAUUCUAUAUUUAUGUUGAUUUGUGG